UGUAUGGGUAGAGCCACACAUUUUCGCGGGAUUGUUCGUACUCGCCCGCCAGACUGCCACUUGCUCGACGUGCUCCGCAGCCACAGUCUUGAGGCGGAAGAACCGCACAAAAUAUUCACUUUGAUGCUAGCGUUUUGAAAGAAGCCAUCUUUGAGUGAAUAUCCUGGUGUACUCGUCUGUUUUUGUUUAGAUAUUUCUCGCCUGAAUUCACUGGUAAAGCAAUCAGCGGCAGCUGAAAUUUUUGCGCAAAUGGAGGCCGAACUCCAAGCUCAGAUCCCAGGCCUGGACCAUGUCAUCUCGGAAUACUCCGUAGGGUACCUGACCCAUGCCUCCAAGACCUAUGUGGAGGAUGCAAAUGCUCCAUCACCAUUGGCAGAGGCCGCUGAUGCCGUGACCGAGCUUUUGAUAUCUGCUUCGGGCGACUUCUCUGCCCAGAAUGAAGAGGCUAUUCGUAAUCUUGUGGAAAAAUUCAUUUCUUCUCUCAGCUCUACAGAUGGCGUUGACCCGGAGCAGAGGCAGAUGCCUUUCAUGGCCAAGAAGCUUGACCAGGCGAUCAACGUCGGCUCUCAGCGCAAUAUGUCCUCGACUCUUGGGCUGGCCGGAGGAAAUGUCGACCUUGAGUCUGCUAAUAGCAGAAAGGUAGAGUCUCGAGUUGACCGCAAGAAACUGGAGAAGGCGGAACGGAAGAUUCGCGCCAAGCAGGAGAAGAAGCAGAUGAAGACGGUGCAAUAUGAAGCAUCUCGAUUGCUCAACGAGGCGACUGAGGCGAUGUCUUAUGAAGAAUUUUACAUGGCUGUCAACCCUCUCCAGCUGGGCUCGGAUUCGCAAGCGAAGAGCAAGGAUAUCAAGAUUGAUAGUAUCGAUAUCUCCAUCAGUGGCCACCGUAUCCUUACUGAUGCCGCGCUCACAUUGGCGUAUGGUCGUCGAUAUGGUCUCGUGGGUCAGAACGGUAUCGGUAAGAGUACACUGCUUCGUGCACUGAGCCGGAGAGAGGUGGCCAUCCCGAACCACAUCUCUAUUCUCCACGUCGAGCAAGAGAUUCGCGGUGAUGAUACUCCUGCUCUACAAGCCGUUCUGGAUGCUGAUGUCUGGCGAAAACACCUCCUUGCGGAGCAAGAGAAAAUUACGAAGGAAUUGGCGGCUAUCGAAGCAGAGAGAUCGUCUUUGGCGGACACGUCCAAGGAUGCGGCCAGAUUGGACCAUGAGAGGGAAGGUCUUGACAUCACCUUGAGUGACAUUCAUGCCAAACUUGCCGAAAUGGAAUCCGAUAAAGCAGAAUCCCGCGCGGCUAGCAUUUUGGCAGGUCUUGGUUUCUCGCCUGAGAGACAACAAUACGCAACCAAGACUUUCUCUGGAGGUUGGCGAAUGAGAUUGGCGCUGGCUCGAGCUUUGUUCUGUGAGCCUGAUCUGCUUCUGCUUGACGAACCCUCUAACAUGUUGGAUGUCCCGUCCAUCACUUUCUUAUCCAACUACCUUCAGACUUAUCCCAGCACCAUUCUUGUUGUUUCUCACGAUCGAGCAUUCCUAAAUGAAGUUGCUACCGACAUUAUCCACCAGCAUUCGGAGAGACUGGAUUACUACAAGGGUGCUAAUUUCGAAUCUUUCUAUGCUACCAAGGAAGAAAGAAGAAAGAAUGCCAAACGCGAGUAUGAGAAGCAAAUGGCUGAAAGAGCGCAUCUCCAAGCAUUUAUUGACAAGUUCCGAUACAAUGCUGCCAAAUCAUCUGAAGCCCAAUCGAGGAUCAAGAAACUUGAAAGAAUGCCUGUCCUCGAGGCCCCCGAGAGCGAAUACGUGGUGCAUUUCAAGUUUCCUGACGUUGAAAAGCUUUCACCGCCUAUUGUUCAGAUGUCGGAGGUCGCGUUCGGGUAUACAAAGGAUAAGCCCCUGCUCAGAAAUGUCGACCUGGAUGUCCAACUGGAUUCGCGCAUUGGCAUCGUUGGACCCAACGGUGCCGGUAAGACUACAGUGCUGAAAUUGUUGACAAGCCAACUCCAGCCAAGCUCUGGUCUGAUCUCCCAACACGCAAGGUUGAGGAUCGGAUACUUUGCCCAGCACCAUGUGGACGCCUUAGAUCUUACGACUAGUGCAGUCAGUUUCAUGGCCAAGACAUACCCGGGCAAAACCGACGAAGAGUACCGAAGACACUUGGGAGCCUUUGGUAUCACCGGUAUGACUGGUCUCCAGCGAAUGGAGCUCCUGUCCGGUGGUCAGAAAUCUCGUGUCGCAUUCGCCUGCCUAUCUCUGACAAACCCACAUAUUCUUGUUCUUGACGAACCGUCAAACCAUCUCGAUAUUGAGGGUAUGGAUGCUCUGUCUGACGCUCUUCAGAGAUUUGAAGGUGGCGUCGUGAUGGUCUCGCACGACGUGACAAUGCUGCAGAAUGUCUGUACUAGUCUCUGGGUGUGUGACCGAGGUACCGUGCACAAGUUUGACGGCAAUGUCAACGCGUACAAGAAGAUGAUCACUGAGCAGGCGAAUGAAGUGGGAGUGGCUGCGCCUCACUGAAGAGCUUGACAUCUACCGAGAUGUCGGGGAAGCAGAGAAAAGAAUAUUACUUCUUACAUAGCAAGUAUAUAUGUCAAUGAAUUGAUGAACUAUCCGUAUCAAGGUGCCGUUUACGCUAUACAUUGACCACUUGCGGAUACUGAUGUUCAUAUACUCAAACCUCGGAACUCAGAUGUUGAUAGGAACGCCCUCAUAAUUCAAACAUGACGUAUAAUCUGUACAUUUGAACAGCAGGAC